CACAUGGCAUAGCUAUAGAUAAUAAAGAUAUGAAUUCAGAGUUUUUGAUUUUAGUUUUAGCCUUUCGUCGUGAUUUUAAUUAAAUAACUUAAUCCUGUGUUUAAAAUAAUUUCUAGAGCCAGUAAAAUAAUAAAUGAUCGAAAUUUUCCUGUGCUACUAAUUGUAUGUUUUGUUGUAUAAUUUCAUAUUUAUUUAACAAUAUAAUAUAAUUAGUGGUCUUGUUUGUGUGGAAAAAUGAAGAAAAAUAGAAAUUCAAUGAAAAACAAGUCGAAUAAAAAUGAAAAUCAAACAGAUACAGAAGCUAUAAAGAAAAAAAAACUGACUACUAGACAAAGAAAAGCACUUACAAAAAUUAUAGAAAAAAAACAAAAAAGCCAAAAAAGAUCGGAAAUGUUAAAUGAAUUGAAGAGUCUUGAACUUUCAGCACCUUCAUUGUCUUUAAUGACAUCUAUAAGUCAAACUCAAACAAGUGGAUUGAGAAAUGUUUUAAAACAAAAAAAAAAAAGUAAAACAAUUAAACCUAUUGAAGAAAAUAAGAGCUCAGAUGAAAUGACAGUUGAUGAAGAUGUUGGUUCAGAAAUUGACGAAGAUGAAAUUGAAUAAUAAUUUAUUUAUAUUACUUAAAAUCAUUCAGCAGAAAGACUGUAAUCAUUAAUUUUACAAUGGUGGCCAUAAUUGUUUUAUUUUAUUAUGUGCUGAUUUUGGUAACCAUGUUAAAUAUCCUUCCAUCAAAUCUAUAAAAACAAAAAAAAAAUUGUUGUAAACAUCCAACAUUUUUAUUAUUUAAUCAAUAAAAGUUUACAUGUUGGCUUUUUUAA